AUGGAAAAAGCUAAUUUCACAUUAUUGUUUGGACAGCUGUUGAAUCAAAUAUAUAUUGUCAUAAGGAAUAAUAGCUUGUGCACGGACUUAAAUCACCCGAUGAAAGUUGAGAACUUUUUACACUCGAAGAAGCAAGGAAUUGUAUUGGGUUUUCUUUUUUGCUUUGAUGGUUUUUCACAUCGUUUCCAAGUUUCUUUGAAGCUGAAGCCUGAAAAACUCUGCGGUAUGUCACUCAGUGAUUUCACAAUAAAUCCAUUACAUGCUGUGGAUGGAUAUGAACUUUAA